CUUGAACAACCAACUUUAAACUGGUCGAAUCAGUGACCCGCUCGGCGGCGAUGAGUACGGCUAUCGGAUCGGUGGAUGCAGCACAGGAAGAGACGGCGAACGGCGGCGUCGGAUGCCCGCCUUCGGCGCCGAGCUGCCCCAUCGCGCCUGGGUCUCCGGCCUCGUCGGCUGCGACCGAGGAGGCCAGUACUCUUGGGCGCCACAUCGCCCGCCGGCUCGUCCAGAUCGGCGUUCACGACGUCUUUUCCGUGCCCGGAGAUUUCAACCUCGCCCUCCUAGACCACCUCAUCUCUGAGCCGGAGCUCACCCUUGUGGGAUGCUGCAACGAGCUCAACGCCGGGUACGCCGCGGACGGCUACGCCCGAGCACGCGGCGUCGGUGCAUGCGUCGUGACUUUCACUGUCGGUGGGCUUAGCGUGAUCAACGCCAUUGCGGGCGCGUAUAGCGAGAAUCUUCCCGUCAUCUGCCUCGUCGGCGGCCCUAACUCCAACGACUACGGCACCAAUCGGAUCAUCCACCACACCAUCGGCCUUCCCGACUUCUCCCAGGAACUCCGAUGCUUCCAAACCGUCACCUGCUUCCAGGCAGUGGUCAACAACCUCGAGGACGCUCACGAGCUCGUUGAUACCGCGAUUUCCACCGCGCUUAAGGAGAGCAAGCCCGUUUACAUCAGCAUCAGUUGCAAUCUUCCCGGAAUAGCUCAUCCCACCUUCAGCCGCGAGCCGGUCCCGUUCUUCCUUGUCCCUAAAGUGAGCAACCAAAUGGGAUUGGAAGUCGCAGUAGAGGCCGUGGCGAACUUCUUGAACAAGGCCGUGAAGCCUGUUUUGGUUGCCGGCCCCAAAAUCCGAGUCGCCAAGGCUGGGAAGGCCUUCAUGGAGCUCGUCGACGCCUGUGGCUACCCCUAUGCCGUGAUGCCGUCGGCUAAAGGCCUUAUUCCAGAGACCCAUCACAGGUUCAUCGGCACGUACUGGGGCCCGGUGAGCACCUCCUUCUGCGCUGAGAUCGUAGAGUCGGCGGAUGCCUACCUCUUCGCUGGCCCCAUCUUCAACGACUACAGCUCUGUCGGCUACUCUCUCCUCCUUAAGGAGGAGAAAUCCAUCAUCAUCCAACCAGAGCGGGUGGUGGUCGGAAAUGGCCCAGCGUUCGGCUGCAUUCUCAUGAAAGAUUUUCUCCAGGCGCUCGCCAAAAGGCUUAUCAAGAACACGACAGCAUACGAGAACUAUCGGAGGAUCUAUGUGCCAGAAGGGCAGCCGCUGGAGUUGCAACCCAAUGAGCCCCUGAGGGUCAAUGUGCUCUUCAAGCACAUCCAGAAAAUGCUCUCAUCGAAUACUUCGGUGAUUGCAGAGACUGGGGAUUCGUGGUUCAACUGCCAGAAGCUGAGACUGCCAGAGGCCUGUGGGUAUGAGUUUCAAAUGCAGUAUGGCUCUAUUGGUUGGUCGGUAGGAGCCACACUGGGGUAUGCCCAGGCUGCGAAGGAUAAGCGUGUCAUAGCUUGUAUUGGUGACGGAAGCUUUCAGGUGACAGCGCAGGAUGUGUCGACAAUGAUAAGAUACAGCCAGAACAACAUCAUCUUCCUUAUAAACAAUGGAGGGUACACUAUCGAAGUCGAGAUCCACGAUGGCCCUUACAAUGUCAUCAAGAACUGGAACUACACUGCCCUGGUGGAUGCCAUCCACAAUGGCGAGGGCAAUUGCUGGACUGCAAAGGUGGUGCACGAGGAGGAACUGAAGGAGGCAAUUCAGACAGCAACAGGACCCAAGAAGGAUUGCCUGUGCUUCAUAGAGGUGAUUGUGCACAAGGAUGAUACCAGCAAGGAGUUGCUUGAAUGGGGAUCCAGGGUCUCAGCAACCAACAGCAGGCCGCCGAACCCUCAGUGAGGCCUAGUCGCUAUAUGUGAAAUAGGCUGAAUAAAUUGGGACUAUUGCAGUCCCUUUGUGUUCUUCGCUUUCAUAUCCUCUUAGCAAAAUGACUUUCAUUUGGAGUUGAGGAUGAAGUGGAGUGAGAUUCGUAUAACUUACUGAACUGUUCUGUUGUUUAUAUGAAUUGCGGUGAUAGGAAUGAAAUUAUCAACAAACAGUAAAUUGGUGAAGCUA